AACGCCGUUCUUCUCUCUCCCCCAUUUCAUUUUGAACUUCGCGGUUGCUGCGACCUCUUGCUUUAUACUCGGUAUAUUGCCCAGAUAACCUGCUUUUAGUACGCUAUUCCUAAAACCCGUCGACGGAAAUCGUUUUUCGUCUAUUCCGGAACGCCUACAUCUCCACCGCGUCCGAUCGGCUUCUUUGACGUUACAACUUGGCAUAGAUGCCCAGAUGGAUCUCGCCUCAACAGGCUCGAGAGAAGCUGUAGCUUUAUUAUCCAGCCCCCGCAAAUCGGUUCCCUAUGGCCAAGCAUGUACCAACUGUUCUAAGGCCAAGUGCAAGUGUAUCAGCCGCGGCAGCCCCGGUUCAACUUGCGAGCGGUGCCAGCGCCUCGGUAAAGAAUGUGUUCCGUCUGUAAGUGUUCGGAAACGUGCGGCAAGGCGUCCCGCCUCCGAGAGGGCCGCUCAUCUUGAAGAGAAGCUCGACGAUUUGGUUUCGAUACUCCGGGCUCAAGCCGCUGUUAACCCCCCGGCGGUGGGUACUUAUAGGCCUGUUACCAACGGCGAAUUGCCUAGCGUAAGCCCUAGCGUUGAUGCCAAUGCCAAUGCUAAUUCCGGUUCCGUGGAUUUGGACCCGUCUAUAGGGGUUGUGCGGGGUGGUAAUGAUUUGGCUGCUACUGGCCAUGCGCUACCACUGCCGACACCCGUUGGUGCUUCUUAUUGCGACAGAUAUCCCGCUGCAGCCUCAUAUCCUACUCCGCCUUCUGUUACCUCUUCUCAUGAUGGAGGUCUCUCGCUUGCUGAGGCUGAAGAUACCUUACGGAUGUUUAAAGAGCGGUUUCUCCCCUUCUUCCCGUUUAUGUAUAUACCACCAGACACGACAGCUGCGCAAUUGCAGCAGGCGAAACCCUUCCUAUGGCUAAACAUAAUGACUAUUUGCUGUAAAUCACGGACAAGAAAGUCAGCGCUCAGCCAAAAGAUUAGAGAAUAUCUAGCACAGAAGAUGUUGAUAGACCUAGAUCGAAAUAUGGAUUUGUUACUCGGGCUUCUCGCCUAUCUAGGUUGGGGUAUGCAUCAUUUCAAUGGAAAACCAUAUAUUGUUGCAUAUACCAACCUUGCUGUCACUGUUGUUACAGAUCUUCGUCUUGAUAAGCCAGCCCAAGAUAACUUUUAUAAAGAUCUUCAUUGCUUCAAGCCUUCUUAUCCUUAUCCAAAGGUCCCUAUCUCGUCUACCCGCACAAAUGAGGAGAGAAGGGCUACCCUAGCAUGUUUUACCCUUUGCUCUAGUAUUUCAAAUUUUUUGAGAACCCAAACAAUGCGAUGGACCGCUCACAUGGAGGAUUCUCUUCAAAAACUCUCUGCAAAUCCGGAGUGUGUGAGCGACGAAGCUCUUGUAGCUAUGGUAAGAACGUAUAAAAUACAAGAGGACGUUGCGCAAAUAACCUGGCGUACUGCGGAACCUGCUGGAAAUUCGACAGCAAUAAGGGCUCCUCCUGCUAUUUACGUCAAAGCCUUGCGCGCAAAUCUGGAUGCUAUUAAGAAGGAUCUUCCGCCUGCGCUCCUAGACAAUAAAGUGGUCGAUUCACAUUUAUUUUCAGCAGAGCUAUCUAUAGCGGAUAUGUCUCUCUGGAACGUCAACGCGUGGCUUUCAACGCACCCGCAUAGGCCAACGGGUGUGAGUGGAAGCGGGAGCGGAGGUAUUGAUCUAGGCAAGAUAGACGCAUACUAUGCUAGUCUCCAAGCGAGCAAGGCUUGCCUCGAAAACUUUCUAAGAUUUGAAUUGGCUGAAUACCCUGCGAUAUCUUUCUCGGUCACACUCCAUUUCGGUAGGGCAGCGCAAACCCUCUACCGGCUUAUGGUAGUAGACGACCCAGAAUGGGACCGCAGCAUUGUUAAGAAUACUAUCGACGUGAUAGCAGCUCUGGAACAGACUGCAAAUAACUUUACGCAGGUAUCUAGCGUAGGUGGUCUGGAGAAUAAUGACGACCUAGAUGACAUGGAUUACUAUUGUCGGGCAGGCAUUGCGCUCCGAAGUACUAUUCCGGCUUGGAGCUCUACGCUUGAGCAGAUCAGCCUCGGAGUAGGCGUUGGCACGGCGGUUUCAGAAGGUACAGGGACGGGAGCUGGUGCUGCAACGCCGUAUCAAGUCCAGGCGCAAGUUCUUCCAGAGUUGACGUCGUUAGAGUGGUUAGACGAUCCGUGGUUAUCGGAUAUGUUGCGGUCUUGGGAAGGGAGUUAACCAUGCCGCAUCUUCUGCAUUCCUAUCUGGAUUAGUCUGCACUGCUACCGUGUAGCCGUCAUGUCAUUGGCAUAGCAUAGAAUACCCAAGUUCGGCGCCCGGGUUGGAUUUUUGGAAAGGCCGGGAACAUAGAAUUUAUUACUUUACUCGUGAGAUAUUUGAAAUAGCAAGGUUAAUCCUGCUUACUCACUGAAUGUUCACAGGUUUAGAGAGGUUACCUUUAUGUCGUGCUUAAAAAGAACAUUGCCA